ACGUUCAGUGGUCGUCCAGCCUUCACGGGGUGGGUGCCGCGCUCGGCCCAGGAACACUCUCUUCUAUAGAGGUGUGAUUGACACGUGACAGGAUGCGUGAGCAGGUGAUGAUGAUGGUGGUGGUCAUGGUGAUGGCUGGGGGCGUCUUAGCGACGCUGAAGCCACCGGAGAGGUCUUACAAGAUCCUGAUGCUGUUGAUGGCAUCUUCGCCCAGCCAUCGCAACGUCUUCGUGCCCAUAGCCGAGGCUCUGGCGGACCGGGGUCACCAGGUCGAGAUUCUCUCCAGUCUCCCGGACUUCUCUACGUCAAGAAGAAUUAUUCAACAUUUUUCAGGAAUCAAUUUCAUGGACAUUGAACAUAUUAACAUGUUUCAAGUCCUACAAAACGAAAUUGAUGAAUUCGAGAUUUUUGUAAAUGUUACAAUAUCAAUAGUUGAUGAGGUGUACAAGUCUCCGGCUGUGCAGGAGCUCUACAGCAGGAGGAAGACCUUUGACCUGUUCGUCACUGAUCACUUGUGUAAUGAGAUGUCGCACCCGUUCCUCCACGAGAUGCCCUUCAUCACCGUUGCCGCGCCAGGCAUGGACCCAAUGCAGAGUGCCAUGUUGGGCAACGUCCAGAACCCAGCCUUCACACCCUCGCUGUUGGCCACAAUCCCUCCCCCGUGGAACGUGUACCAACGUCUCGCUAACACGGCGGCCCACCUGCUCUUCCCUUUCUUUUAUAAUCAUUGGUAUUAUCUUCCCAAACUUCAAAAUAAGAUUUCAUCCCUGUUCCCAGACCUGCCUCCGCUCAAGGAGUUGACGAGGAAUCAGAGCUUGACGCUGUUAAAUACCCACUUUAGUUUGGACAUGCCAUACCCUCUCCUGCCCUCCCAGGUGGAGGUGGGCGCCCUACACUGUCGACCAGGCAACCCGCUGCCACAGGAUUUAGAUUCGUGGAUGGAGGGUGCCGGGGAGGCUGGCGUCGUGUACUUCAGCUUGGGUUCCAUUACCAAGGGCACCAAAAUGCCCGCGAAGUACCGCGAUCUCUUCAUCCAGGCCUUCAGCAGACUUGACCAGCGAGUUAUCUGGAAGUACGAAGGCGCCCUUCCUGGACUGUCAGACAAUGUUCUGAUAAAGCCCUGGAUGCCUCAACAGGAUAUUUUAAGUGAUCCUCGUGUCAAGUUGUUUAUGAGCCACGGAGGUCUUCUGGGCACCCAGGAGGCCAUCUACCAUGCUAAGCCCAUCCUGGCCUUACCCAUCCACGGGGACCAGCCCAGGAAUGCCCAAAAUAUUGCCAACAAGGGUAUUGGCUUGUACCUGAACUGGGAUGAACUAUCAGCUGAUCUUAUCGUUUACACCAUUCAGGAAAUCAUUAAUAACUCAAGGUACAAGAGGAAGAUAGAAAACAUGUCGAGAGCGCUGAAGGACCAGGUGGAGACGCCACAAGAUCUGGCGGUGUACUGGACGGAGUAUGUCAUCCGACACAAGGGGGCGCCCCACCUGAGGUCUCCAGCUGCCAGUCUCUCUUGGGUGGAGUUCCUCAUGCUCGAUGUCGUCUGUGGUCUCCUCCUGGCGGCCGUCACGACAGUCCUCGUCCUUCGGAAGAUUGCUCUGGUCGUCGUCACCGUCGCGUUCACAGGGAGGACAAAGACAAAUACACUGAAGUAAUGGAUCUUUUCAUUAUUAGUUAUAAGUUACUGGUGAGUUGUCGUGGGUGAGUUUAUCGAGUGCUUGCUGAAUUCUACCCCCUUGUGUUUUGGGGUAGAAUUCAUCAAGCACUCGCGCACAGCCGUUUACGGAGCCUGUAUUUCCAUAAACAUGUUGGCGUAGUUUACAUAUAUUUAACAGUUUGUGAGCUUGGAAACUUUACAACUAAAACUAUUAUUGUUAUAACAACCUCGUAGUGCUUCGUAUUUUAGAGAAUUUGUUGAAUUCGUAUAUAUGAAUCUAUUAUGUUUAUUCCGUCCCUACGGAACCAUCAGUGGAUUAAACAAUUUAUAUAAAUUACAUAUGUUUAGAUUCAGGAGAGAUCUGGGUAAAUACUGGUUCGGAAACAUGGUUGUUGAUUUAUGGAACAAAUUAGCGUAACAUGAUAGACAAUGUGGGAUCACUGGCUUGUUUCAAGCGUAGGUUAGACAUGAAUAAGUUUGGGGGGAUGUAAGUAGGAGCUGUGUUGUUUGGGCCGAGAAAAGUUGUCUGUAGUUAUCUAUUUUUUGUUCUUAAGGCCAUGCCUGAUGCAGUUAUGCUUGCCAUUACGACGAAGCCAGACAUGAAGUACACUUUGUGUAGGAAUUUCUGCCUCACUGCCUCAGCACUUGUGCUUGCAGGCUAUAAUUAAUGUACGUCUUGUGUGUUUGGUUGGCUCUUCCUCUCCCAGUUGGAACAUAGAAGAUGUUCCAACUUCUUGUACAGGUGGAACAUAGAAGAUGUUCCAACUUCUUGUACAGGUGGAACAUAGAAGAUGUUCCAACUUCUUGUACAGGUGGAACAUAGAAGAUGUUCCAACUUCUUGUACAACUUCUUGUACAGGUGGAACAUAGAAGAUGUUCCAACGUCUUGUACAACUUCUUGUACAGGUGGAACAUAGAAGAUGUUCCAACUUCUUGUACAACUUCUUGUACAGGUGGAACAUAGAAGAUGUUCCAACUUCUUGUACAACUUCUUGUACAGGUGGAACAUAGAAGAUGUUCCAACUGGGAGAGGAAGAGUGGGUCUAUUGGUCCAUGUGACACUUUACCUCACUCUCGGUUAUACGUUCAGUUGCUCCAGCUAAAUUGUAUUCACUUCUACUCUGCCUUUCGAAAUGUUGACAGGAUCAACGAAAUGCACCGUCGGGUUAUAAUGAAACUGUGAAAUGAA